GGUGUCCUCGCGUGGUCUUUGAUCGGGUUAUUCCGGCGGCGAGCUUAUCCAUUGAUUAGUCAGCAGUUCAAGGGGAAGCAACGCUCACCAUCUGGUAUGCUUCGACAGGGCUCUCCGGCGCGAUUCUGGAGAAAAGGUGGACCCCGCAGACCUGAGUCUGACCAAUGGGUCGGUUGAAUAUGUGGUUACAUUGCUGCUCCAGUCGUUGCGCGGUCGUCGGCGUCGCCUGCGAGGAGUUGGUUGCCUAUCGGGGUGGCGCUCCUAAGAUGAUGACCUUUCCAUGUGACUGCCCUGGCUGGUAUUUCCUCUUUGCAUCCGCCGAUUCCAGUGGUGCUCUCUCGUUUGGUUUAUUCGGGAGGUCCAUCGUCGAUCGCUGUAGUCCUAUCCCAUUCCUGCUUGCUCUUCCGGCUGCGAAGCGCCGCUCAGCCACGGUAAUAAAAUUACACUUCAAUAUAUAUGACUAUGCUUUGGCGACUGAGCCUUCGGCGCGAGGUUGUUCGAAUGCUGAAUGACGACACCCAGCUCGGCAGGAUGUAUUCCGUUCGCAAGGGCUCACUUGUGGCUAGACGCGAAAUCGUUGGUCAAGUGUGUCUUUGAAACCUGAUCGCCCUCGUUACCGAAGGUUCGCUCGGGCCGUACUCC